GCUGCUGAGCAUAUCACAGUAACAGCAGUAUGAUGCAUGACAGAAUGAGAGUCGUCAUCUUAAUAAUAACCCUCAACACUCUGCUGUUUUCAGGAUCUUCUCUCAGUAAUCAAGUCCGCCAGACUCCACUUUACAUCCAGGCAAAUCCAGGAAACUCAGCCAAUAUCAACUGCUCUCACAGCAUUCAGAACUACAACGUUAUGCUUUGGUACAAGAGAUCAGAGGACAGGCAGCUCCAGCUUCUAGGUUAUAGGUAUUUGGGCAGCAGUACCUAUGAAUCUGGAGCGAAAGUGGAGAUUGAAGGGAGUGCAGACAAAGACAAGAACUGCACUCUGACAAUAAAGGAGCUCAGUGUGAGCAGCAGUGCUGUUUACUUCUGUGCUGCUAGCUACCACAGCUCUUCUCUCAGCGAUCAAGUCUACCAGACUCCAUUUUAUAUAGCAGCAAACCCAGGACAGAAUGCCAGUAUCAACUGCUCCCAUAGCAUUAGGAGCUACAAUCGAAUUUUCUGGUAUAAGAAAUCAGAGCACAGGCAGCUGCAAUUUCUGGGCUACACUUAUCAGACCACCAGCAAUGCUGAACUCGGAGUCAAUGUGUCAAUCAAAGGGAAUGCAGCUGAAGGAGAUAUCAGUACUUUGACUAUUAAAGAGCUCACUAUGAGGUUUCUCAUAUUCAAGACGUAA